UGAAAGGUCUACUUACUUCAGGAGUGUUCUUGGCUUUAUGGUGUUGUCAUCUAUUUCUUACCGGAGAAUGAUCUUGGGGUCAUGUCUAAAAGACUAUUAACUCACUCUGCAAGUGGUUUACAUACUCAAAGUUUGAUGUUAGGGUGAUUAUGCAAGUCAUGGUUUGUUCAUUACGUUAUUUAAUCUGGCUUGCCAAGUAAGCAUGUCGACUGGGUACAUUCCAUUGUGUGCCUAUUGAUCUUCCUUUCCUUUAGAGACUGCCAUACACGAACGGCACCUCUUAAUCAUCAAUAAUUUCACGGUAUGCAAAGCGUUAUUGCGGACUUGAUGAGUGAGUACUCUGCAUAGUAUAAGUUUUAGCACAUUUUAAGUCAUUGAGUGUAAGUCAAAAUGGCUGACGAGAAGCAUGUCGUUACUCUCCGGGUGAUUAAUACACAGGUGAAAGUAAUCGCACUCUGACAGACUCCGCAUGUUCGAUUCAGCAUACUAUUAAAUCUGACUCACGUUUCUAAUACUCACCGACUCGGGCCGUAACACUGACCCUACACAGCUUCCCGCUCAAGCUCUAUUAAGAAUCGGUGCCGAACUUGUGUCUGCUCAUUUGGGUGUCUUGACUCCAUCGAGGCUGCUCUAUCCGGAGGCUUUAUUUGCUAUCACAAAUUCCGUGACCAAAUCGCAUUUGAUCUGGAGUAUCUCAAGCCAAGGCGAUUUAUUUAAUGGCUUUCAAGCUUCAUCACCUCGAGCAUAUAACCUGAGUAGUUUGCCCGGUAAGGAAGGACAUCAGCUGAAGGUAAAUUUUGGAGCAUUCUACCACAUAACGCUAAGACACCCAUCCGACAUGAUUUGGUUGAGAAUUAUCCGAGUUUGUGGAAAGAAACUACACAGGCGUUUAUCGAAUACUACCUUCAAGAUUAGAUCAAGUAUUCAGUGGUCCUAGGUCUUGAUAAGUUCGUUCUUAUUUAUCUUUGGUAUUAGGAUAUGACUUACAAUGAGGCUUGACAGGGCUCGGAUCGUUCGAUUAUAUCUUCAAUUCCAUAUUGAGGCGGUACUCAAACUCAUUAUUCCGAAUCUGAAGACUCAAGAAUGGCAAUUUUAGGGAUCUUGAGAUGGCGACAGGAAUCGUUUGGCAAGCAAGUCGUGCAUUUCGAAGAAACAAUCACAAAAAAUGAAAGAAUGAAGAUAUGGUCCGAUGGUAGGUUGUCCUCAUUAGUUUCGAGACUGUUGUAUUCUAAUGGUACUCUAUAGAACUGGAUUUCAACACUAGCUUUGGGCAAGGAUUCUCUGAGCAGUGUGCCAAGCGGUUUUCGAGAUAUGGCCUUCAGCAGAUAUAGUUGCGAAUAGCACAGAGCAUGUCUAGGCUUUGCAAUGCGAGGAUGGGUUUUGAAGGACAAGAACAAAAGGUUUCAUGAGCCAUUUACUUCGGAGGAGUUACGCGAAAUACUAGUAAUAUCUCCAGUUAACUACUUGUUUUUAUCAUGUCCAAAAAGAAGGCUGGCACCUU